AUGAGCUACCUGAUCGGUGGCCUCGUUGGAACAUUAUGUCUCUUCGACGCAGUCUCAGCUGCCAGCAUAGCUGAAUGGAAGACACGGAGCGUCUAUCAGACAAUGACAGAUCGUUUUGCGCGCACGGACGGCUCAACAACCUCACCUUGCAACACUACUGCGGGUCUAUACUGUGGAGGAACAUGGCAAGGAACAAUCGACAAACUGGAUUACAUCCAGGGAAUGGGAUUCGACGCAGUCAUGAUUUCUCCAAUUAUUCAAAAUCUGGAGGGUCAUGUUGAAUACGGCGAGGCAUACCACGGAUACUGGCCGCUGGACCUUUACUCACUCAACUCUCACUUCGGCACGUCACAAGAUUUGUUAGAUUUGGGUCAAGCUUUACAUGAUCGGGGAAUGUACUUGAUGAUGGACACCGUCAUCAACAACAUGGCAUACAUGACGAAUGGCAGUAACCCGGCAACAAGCAUCGACUACUCGGUCUUUACGCCCUUCAAUAACGAGGACUACUUCCAUUCAUAUUGCCCGAUCAUAAAUUGGAGCAACUACACACAAGCGCAAUUGUGCCAGACUGGUGAUAACCAAACCGCCUUGCCCGAUCUAUUUACUGAACAUGAGGAUGUCCAGUCGCUGCUGCUCAACUGGACACUGAAUACCAUGAGCAAAUACUCCAUCGACGGGCUUCGUAUCGAUGCUGCUAAGAGUGUUACACCGUCAUUUCUACGGAAGUAUCAGGAUCAGAUUGGUGGUUUCAUGACUGGAGAGGUCAUGGAGUCAAGUGUGAGCAUCAUUUGUGAUUACCAGAAUGAGUAUAUUGGUAGUCUUCCCAAUUAUCCAGUCUACUACGCAAUGUUGAGUGCUUUCACUAAAGGGAUUACUGCCGAUCUUGCUUUGGCUGUCAACAAUAUGAAAGCUGCAUGUUCAGACGUUGCUGCUCUUGUUUCCUUUUCCGAGAACCACGACGUUGCACGUUUUGCCAGCUUUACAGAUGACCUGUCGCUUGCCAAGAACGCAAUCACUUUUACGAUGCUCUUCGACGGUGUUCCAUUUAUCUACCAAGGCCAGGAGCAACAUCUCAACGGAUCGACAACUCCGUCAAAUCGCGAAGCUGUGUGGCUCUCCAAUUAUGACAACAGCACUGAGCUUUACAGCUUAAUCACCACCCUAAACAUGAUUCGGAAGCAUGCCCAUCGGAUGGACAACAGCUACAUGGAUCAUCAAACUUCAAACAUCUACCAAGGUGGCAGUGAGCUGGGCUUCAGAAAGGGCAUUGAGGGACGACAGGUUAUCAUGCUUCUUUCAACACAAGGAGUCAAUGCAAAACCAUAUGAUGUCAACCUCUGGGUCAGCUACAAUGCUGGCGUAAAUGUCACUGAGGUUCUGAACUGCAAGACAUACUUGGUUGAUGGAGAUGGUGAUCUGACUGUGGACAUGGUGGAGGGACUGCCUCGUGUGUUCUUUCCCACUGAGCUUAUGGAUGGCAGUGGGCUCUGCGGUUACCCCUCUGUCAAUCUGACCUUCGCGGACAUUAUGACCGGUAGUGGAUCUCUGAAGACCUCGUUAGCUGCUGGAGGGAUUCACAUCACACCGCAGGCUCUGGGUAUGACUCUUUUCUUGACUUUUAUGUUCAUUAUCUUUUAG